AAAAAACAAAGCAAGGGCGAAACGGUAAAUUACCCCAUCCUUCCCAUAGCUCCGCAUACAGAAACCUCAACGACGUUGACGCUCCAUCUGAUUUCCCAGGCGCCUUGGCACAUUCACAGAGAGAGAGAGAGAGAGAGACAGAGAGAGAGAGAGAGGGAGUAACAGUUGAGGUGUUUGAAGCUUGGAACCGACUCUCUCUCACAGACGCGCACAUUGUUUUCGGUUUUGUUGUUGUUGUCGAGAUCGUGGAGGGCGAGAUUUCGCCGAUUCUCACUGUUCCAUCAAACUCCUUUCUGUUUUUCAUUUCCUUCCUUUUUCUCACAGUUUCUUUCCUUUUUCCAAUUUUCACCGCUUUAUUCCAGCGUAGAAGCUUCGUUGUCUCUGAUUUUCCUACAAAUUUGCGCUUGGAAGCUACGUAUUUGGAUACUUGUAUUUGUUUUCCUCGUUCUCAGCAAGUUUGCUUAGCUUGGUGAAAUUGUAAACCUUAUAAAAAAAGCUUUUGAAGAUCUACUGGCCACUUCUGAUUUUCAAUUUAUUCGAAGUUCGAAGCGUAUCUAGGAGAUUCGUGAGAGCACGGAGUUCGAGGAAGAGCGAGCAGAGAGAGUAGCAGAGGGUUCAGAGAGGAGGCGGAAACGGUGACGUUUGUGGGGCUCAGACUCAGAGAAUAAUAUCUGGGAGCUGCAUUGCCGAACGAAUUGGAUUUUUGGAGCUGUGCUCUUCGCUAACGGUUUCCUGAAAAGGACAAACAAGCCAGAGAUAUAAAGCCAUCUUGCAUUUUUGAAAAGCAAAAGCAACUGAGAGUACUGGACCGCUAGCCCUCGUUUCUCCUCUUUGGGAGUUUUGGAAUAUGGUUUUAAAUUGAUUGAAUUGGCUGUUGGGUUUUGACGAGCUGCUGGUAGAAACUGGAGAGUGAGAAAAUGGGAGCUAUAGGUGGGGAAGAGCUAAUGAAGUGGGAGAAGAUACAAGCAAUGAGUGGUCGUGAGGAGAAGAUUCUUGUUCUGGUGCGGUUGAGGCCUUUGAGCGAGAAGGAGACUGCAUCUAAUGAAGCAGCAGACUGGGAAUGCAUCAAUGACACCACAAUCUUAUACCGGAACACCUUGCGUGAGGGAUCCACAUUUCCAAGCACCUAUACGUUUGACAGAGUAUUUCGAGGUGACUGUUCUACAAGGCAGGUAUACGAGGAAGGAGCCAAAGCAAUUGCUCUUUCAGUUGUCAGCGGUAUUAACUCAAGUAUUUUUGCGUAUGGGCAAACAAGCAGUGGAAAGACAUACACCAUGGUUGGAAUAACUGAGCAUACAGUGGCAGAUAUAUUUGAUUAUAUACACAGGCAUGAAGAAAGAGCUUUUGUUUUGAAGUUCUCAGCCAUUGAGAUAUACAAUGAAGCUGUCAGAGACCUCCUUAGUGAAGAUAAUACUCCUCUUAGGCUGCUAGAUGAUCCUGAGCGAGGGACUGUCGUGGAGAAAGUCACAGAAGAAAUUUUGAGGGAUUGGAGCCAUUUAAAGGAACUCCUUUCCAUUUGCGAAGCUCAAAGACAGAUAGGGGAGACCUCGCUGAAUGAGAGAAGUUCCAGAUCUCACCAAAUUAUCAAAUUGACAAUUGAAAGUUCUGCUCGUGAGUUCUUAGGCAAAGGCAAUUCAACCACCCUAGCAGCAAGUGUGAAUUUUAUAGAUUUGGCGGGAAGCGAGCGUGCAUCUCAAGCAUUAUCAGCUGGGGCAAGAUUGAAAGAAGGUUGCCACAUAAACCGUAGUUUACUUACUCUGGGAACUGUUAUUCGCAAGCUAAGUAAGGGAAGACAUGGACACAUCAAUUACAGAGAUUCUAAGCUAACACGCAUACUGCAGCCUUGCUUGGGUGGCAAUGCUAGAACUGCCAUCAUUUGCACUUUGAGUCCUGCACGAACCCAUGUUGAGCAAACAAGAAACACUCUUUUGUUUGCUUGUUGUGCAAAAGAAGUGACAACGAAAGCACAGGUCAAUGUUGUCAUGUCUGAUAAGGCCUUGGUUAAGCAUUUGCAGAAAGAGCUGGCUAGAUUGGAGAGUGAGUUGAGAACUCCCGCCCCUGCUUCAUCAACUUCUGAUUAUGGUGCACUGCUGAGAAAGAAAGAUCUCCGGAUUGAAAAGAUGGAGAAGGAGAUUAGAGAGCUAACUAAGCAACGAGAUCUUGCUGAAUCUCGGGUUCAGGAUUUGCUACGCAUGGUUGGAAAUGAACAGAAUUCAAGACAAGCCAGUAUUAGUGAUCAUCAUAAAUCACAAGAGGAAGACCUGUCGGAUGAUGAUUGUUCAGUGUCAGAGUCAUCAAGUGUGGCUGGUUCAUAUUAUCCAAAUGGAGGUACCCGAAAGUUUAACAAUCCUCAUUAUUAUGAUGGAGACAGCAGGAGCAAUCCUGAGGACCCCUCCUACCAGGUUCGGGAUAACACUGAAGACCAUUCUCUUUCCGAUGAUACCUCUUCACCACUGUCAAUUGGAGAUAAAUUUAUUAGAUCUGGUUUUAUCCAGAGUCAAGAGGAGACUGCAGUUGGGACUGCAGAAGAUCCUAAUGACUACUGCAAGGAAGUUAGAUGUAUCGAAAUGGAAGAGUCGAGGAAGAACAAGAACUCUGAAUCCCAUGCCUUAAGAACUGAUGAAAAUGAAGAAACACUGGCUUUGAGUGUUUCUGGGGAUGGAGAUGCAAGUGGCCAGGAACUGAUGUUGACUCCUCUGAAUGGAAAUAGAGAAGCCAUGGUAGCUGGUAUGACAAGUUCUGGAGGCCUUAAGUUAACUAGGAGCUGGAGCUGUAGGGCAAAUCUCAUGACUGAUUCAUCCUUUCCUGAGACAGCAGAACAAAUUGAGAGUACCCCACCUAAUGGAUUGGAGAAAGGUUUCCCUGGAAGACCAGAAGGUCUCAGAAGGAAGUUACCUUUAUUAACUUAUGGUUCCAACACUUCGAGCUUGUCAAGAAAUGAUUCUCAAUCUUCUUUUGAAAGUGCUUCCAUAGAUGAGCUAAGAACACACAGCAUCAGAACUUCUGCCGAUGAGGAAAUUCCUGGCAUCCACACUUUUGUUGCAGGACUAAAGGAAAUGGCCAAACUUGAUUACGAGAAGCAACUUGUUGAUGGUCAGGUUCAGGAAACAGGACAAACGGUUGAUAAGUUUGGAAAGUCUGUGAAAGAUGUAGGAGUUGAUCCAAUGCUUCCAGCACUGGAAACCCCUUCAGACUGGCCUCUGGAAUUUGAGAGGCAGCAGAAAAUGAUUCUUGAACUAUGGAAAACUUGCCAUGUGUCAUUAGUCCACAGAACCUACUUCUUCCUGCUCUUCAAAGGUGAUCCAACGGAUUCCAUUUACUUAGGGGUGGAGCUAAGGAGACUGUCUUUCCUCAAGGAAACAUUUUCUAAUGGAAGUAAGACUGUGGAAGAUGGUCGGACUCUCACACUGGCUUCAAGCAUGAAGGCUCUUGGUCGUGAGAGAGAGAUGCUGAGCAAGCUGAUGCAGAAAAGGUUUCCAGAAGUAGAGAGAAAGAGACUUUUCCAGAGGUGGGGUAUUUCGUUGGACUCAAAGCGGCGGAGGCUACAGUUGGCCAACCAACUAUGGAGCAACACCAACAAUAUGAAUCACAUCAUAGAGAGUGCAGCCAUUGUUGCAAAGCUUAUCAGGUUUGUAGAGCAGGGGCGGGCACUCAAAGAGAUGUUUGGGCUUAGCUUCAAACCUACACUCGCAAAGCGGCGAACCUUUAGCUGGAAAAACGGCAGGGCAUCCCUUGUGUAAGCUUGCCUUAUGCACCCCCCCACCCCCCCCAUACAUGUACAAUUGUAGAGGUGAUUUGUUCAAUUCGACUGCCCCUUUAGCAUUCUUUUUCACGAUCCAGAUUGAGGCAGAUUGUCUUUGAUUGUAAUAGCAACUCUUCAAAUCUCACUUAAUCUUGCUUAGGUUAGAAAGCUACAUUUGGUUUUGGUAAUCUGGCUUUCUGGUUUUGUUGUAUCUUUCACGAAUAUAAUAAUAUAUGCUUGUCAA